CCCAGCAGUGCAGCCGGUCAGGUAGGCUCAGCUCGUAGACUAGAGAGAGGCAGACAAAGGCAGAGAGCUCGUGCCGCUAUCCUGCAGCAUCCACACCCACCCACCUCACUCCAAACGCUCCAGCGCGGUGCCAGACUUCCCAGAGCUCACCACAACCAGCACCUCUCUACCACGGACCUUCCCUGACAUCUGUCACCAUGGAGCUGGACUUCGCCAUUUUGAUGAGCGCGACAAGCCCCGUACCCCACGGGGUGGGCGCAUGAACGGGCUGCCUAGCCCCACCCACAGCGCCCACUGCAGCUUCUACCGCACGCGCACCCUGCAGGCCCUCACCAACGAGAAGAAGGCCAAGAAGGUGAGGUUCUACCGCAACGGAGACCGCUACUUCAAGGGCAUCGUGUACGCCGUGGCUGUGGAACGCUUUCGCACCUUCGACGCCCUCCUGGCCGACCUGACGCGCUCCCUCUCCGACCACAUCAACCUGCCUCAGGGGGUCCGCUUCAUCUUCUCCAUCGACGGAACGCGCAAGAUCACCACCAUGGACGAGCUGGAGGAAGGUGAGCUCACAGGGGCUGCACAUGCUGUGUCCCCUCUCAUCAAGUGA